AUGGUUGAUAUGGAAAGCACGGAGAAUCUUGAAGCCGCCAGAAAGUUCUUGACAACUAGCUUGGAAACAUCAAGCGCUAUUGCUUCUGCAUUAGAUGAGUCUGGAUCAAGAUUGGAGCUUCUUAACCAGAGAUGUCUGUCCAUGCAAGCUUCACUUAGAUUCAUCUCAAUGCAAAAGUGUUCAUUUGUUAACAUUGGCCAAGGUAUAGACAGUGUUCUAUGUUCUGCUGCUGCAGUACUCAAGGUUUUUGACUCCGUUCAUCAGUUGCAGCAUUCUCUCUUGACAGACCCCAGUUCUGAUCUAUGCACUUACGUCACAAACACAAAGAAGCUCGAAGAAGCACUGAAGCUUCUCACCGAUAAUUGCAGGUUAGCAAUUGGCUGGUUGCAGGGUGUUUUUGAGUUCUCACAAGACAAAGCAAUCACCAAUGAGGUUUACCUAUUGAAUGUGAAGAGGUGUUUGAGAAUAUUGCAAGAAUUGCAGGUCAUGGAGAAGCGUGCUCGCCUUGAUGGAGGCCUUCUCAGUGCUUCCUUUGACAAACUAGAGAUGGUGUUCCACAGGCUUCUGAUAGCAAACUCAAUGCCUCUUCCUUUGGUUUCAUUAACAUCACACAUUGGCCAGCAAGCUAGUGUUUCCACACCAUUGCUAGGUUCUUUAACAGGCAAGUUGCAUGCCAUCAUUGAGAGGUUAAAUGCUAAUGAAAGGCUAGACAAGUGUCAAUCUAUAUAUGUUGAAGUUCGAGGCAUUAAUGCUCGGAGAAGUUUGAAGACUUUGGAUUUGAGUUACCUUGAGUUUCCAGCCGCUGAAUUAGAUGCACAGGGUAUAGAGAGUUACAUAGACCAAUGGGGCAGCCAUUUGGAGUUGGUUGUGAAGCACCUGCUCGAGAUUGAGUACAGGCUCACUACUAAUGUCUUUGAGAAAAUUGAUCCAGAAGCAUGGAUGGGGUGCUUUGCAAAGAUUGCCCUUGAAUCAGGAAUUCUUUCUUUUAUUCGGUUUGGAAGGAUUGUUACUGAGAGGAAAAAUGAACCCUUCAAGUUGUUGAACCUGCUGGACAUAUUCAGAGUUUUGAAUGGUCUAAGACAAAAAUUCAACCAGCUUUUCCGUGGGGAAGCUUGUGAAGAAAUUAGAGCUUUGAUAAAGGAUCUUGUCAACAAAGUUGUCAAUGGUGCCAGUGAAAUAUUCUGGCAACUUCCAGCACAGGUGAAGUUGCAAAGGCCAAGUUCUCCUCCCCCAGACGGCAGCGUUCCUAAGCUGGUAAGCUUUGUAACUGAUUACUGCAAUAAGCUGCUUGACGAUACAUACAGGCCACAUUUGACACAGGUUUUGGAAAUACAUCUUAGCUGGAGAAAGGAAGCAUAUGAAGAGGGUAUUGUUUUCACCCAAAUAUAUAACAUAAUUAAGGAAGUUGCAGUGAAUUUGGAUGCUUGGUCAAAGGCCUAUGAAGAUAUCACUUUGUCCUACCUUUUUAUGAUGAAUAAUCACUGUCAUUUCCACAAUUUGAGAGGUACUGUGCUUGGGAAUAUGAUGGGAGAUUCUUGGUUAAGAGCACAUGAACAAUACAAGGACUAUUAUGCAGCACUUUAUUUGGGGAAUAGCUGGGGAAAGCUUCUCCCUAUUCUUUUAGUUCCAAAAGACAUACUUUCAUCCUCCGAUGGGAUAGUGACUAGCCAAGAUUUGGCUAAGAGACUAAACGCUUUCAAUCUAGCUUUUGAUGAAAGGUACAAGAAGCAAUCUAAUUGGGUAAUCUCCGAUGAGAUCUUGAGGGAAAAUGUAUGCAAGCAUUUGGUGGAAGGUAUUAUACCUAUCUACAGGGCCUACGAGAAGAAUUACAGUUUGUCAAUUGAAAAUGAUGGUAAGGUUGCCAAGCAUAUUAAGUAUACAGCUCAGAGUUUGGAGAACAGGAUUAGGUCUCUGUUUCAGCCCAAGCUGAGGAAGCAAGGGAGCAUCAAACAGGAAAACUUGAUUAGUAAAAUAAAAGAAGUGAGCAAUCAAUUUCGCUUGACUCUAGCUGCUCUAUGA